CGGCAGCCGCAGCGGGCGGCGGAGCGGCGGGGGAGCGCGGAUCGGGCCGCGCCUAGGCUGCGCGGGGCCCUGCGCGGGGCGCGCAAGCGAGGCGGGCGCGCAAGGCGGCACCAUGGCCGCGGUGCAGGCGUCCCGCCGGCAGUGGUGCUAUUUGUGCGACCUGCCCAAGAUGCCGUGGGCCAUGAUCUGGGAUUUCAGCGAGGCCGUGUGCCGGGGCUGCGUGAACUUCGAAGGGGCCGAUCGCAUCGAGUUCCUCAUCGAGACGGCGCGGCAGCUGAAGCGCAGCCACGCCAUGCAGGACGCCCGCUCGCCGGGGCCCCAGGCCGUCAAGCAUGCCAAGGACGGAGGGCCCCUGGACCGGGCCGGGCUGGAGCGCUACGAGCGGGCCCGGGGGCCUGGCGACUACACCCUCAGCCCCCGGUUGCCCAACGGCCUGGCCCGGGCGGAGGACGGGGGGCCCGAAGGCAGCCGGCAGAGCCCCACCGCCCGGCGGGCGCUGAUGGGCCCCGUGCCGCCCAGCCUGGGACUGAUGGGGGCGCCGCAGGGCUUGCUGGCCGCCGUGUCGGGGUUGGGGGCCCGGGGCCCCAGCCUGGGCUUGGCGGCCGCCUCGCCCCUCCUGGGGGAGCUGGGCAAGGCGCGGGGCCCCUACGGCGGCGAGUACGAGAAGGAGAAGCAGCGCAAUGCGGAGUGCCUGGCCGAGCUGAGCGAGGCCUUGCGGGGCCGGGCGGAGGAGUGGCACAGCAAGCCCAAGGCGGUGCGGGAGCAGCUGCUGGCCCUCUCGGCCUGCGCCCCCUUCAACGUGCGCUUCAAGAAGGACCACGCGCUGGUGGGGCGCAUCUUCGCCUUCGACGCCGCCCCCCGGCCCGGCUACGAGUUCGAGCUGAAGCUCUUCGUCGAGUACCCGUGCGGCUCGGGCAGCGUCUACGCCGGCGUCCUCGCCUUGGCCAAGCAGAUGUUCCACGACUGCCUCAAGGACCCCGGCAAGGUGAUCUCCUCCGGCUACAAGUACCUGGAGUACGAGAAGCGGCACGGCACCGGGGACUGGCGCCUGCUGGGGGAGCUCUUCACUGAGGGCGUCCGGUUCUUCCGGGACCCCCCGGCCCCCGAGGCCCUGCCCCAGCAGUUCCUAGACAGCAGCUGUGCCAUGCUGCCCAGCGCCCUGGUGCGGGCCAUGCCGCCCCGGGCCGUCAUGCGGCGCCGCAAGGCCUCCCCGGAGCCGGAGGGCGAGGGGGGCGCGGCGGGGAAGCUGACGGGUGAGGAGCAGCAGCAGAGGCAGAACUGGCUUCCCCAAGGGUCAGCUGGGAUCUACUCGCCGGGCAUGGCCCACCUUGCCGCGCCGGCCGGCCAGGCCCCCGGGCCCGAGGGCACCCUGCGCAACGACCCCUCGCCCAUCACCGCGCUGAAGAACGUCGCCGACGCCCUGGGAGCCGGGCAGUCGCCGAAGGACGCCAACCCCGUCCACUCCACCACGGCCCGGCAAAACAGCGCCAGCCCUGCCUCGCCCGCCGCCUCGGCCCAGCACCGGCUGGUCCCGCGCAACAGCGAGCCCGGGCAGGCGUCUUCCUCGUCCUCCUCUUCCUCCGGGGCCCACUCGGCCGGCGGCACCGACUCGGCCGGCGCCCAGAGCACCCCCGACUCCUCAGGCGGCCCCAGCAGUGCCCCCCUGUGCUGCACCAUCUGCCAUGAGCGGCUGGAAGACACCCACUUCGUGCAGUGCCCCUCGGUGCCCAGCCACAAGUUCUGCUUCCCUUGUUCCCGCGAUUUCAUCAAAGCCCAGGGGGCGGCCGGCGAAGUCUAUUGCCCCAGCGGGGAAAAGUGCCCCCUGGCCGGCUCCAACGUGCCCUGGGCCUUCAUGCAGGGAGAAAUCGCCACCAUCUUGGCCGGAGACGUCAGAGUCAAAAAGGAGCGGGAUCCGUGAACCGAGAGCUGGGAGGGGGAUCGUGGGGGUGUCCUGUCCCCCCCACCUGUAAUCUGGGGGGUCCCCCUUGCCUGUGAUCUGGGGGUCCCCCGGCAGCAAGAGGCCUCCGGAGUAACUGGCGCUACAAUUAACUUAUUGUCCUUUUUAACCUUUCCCAGUCGGGGGCCGUGUAUAUAAUCUAUUUUUUAAUAUUUCCAUAGCAAUCUUAUAUCUGAGGUCAUAUCUACAUAACCGACCGGGGGGGGGGGGUAUCACGUGUGUGCUGGGGGAGAUGGGAGGGUUUGCUACAUAGCAGCAUAAGGGGGAUGGGGUGGGAGUGGUAAGGGACGGAGCGAGGCCCAGACCCUCUUUUGGGGCCACCCUGGAGAUGGAAUCUCUCUGUUCCGCCCCAGAGGGGACGCAAGUGGGGCAGGGACUCCCUGCCUGUCUGCUCCCGUGUCUCAGGCUGGCAGGCCGUCACCCCUCGGGGGAGGGUGCUGUGUGUCAAUCUCCGUGACCUACGGGGGCUGCGGCUCCUGCCGCUUGUGGGAAGCGGCUGAGAACCAGCAAACUUGCUCCAGGCAAACUGGGGAGAGGGGCGGGGAGAGGGAUGUGAGCUUUGCCUGUCAUGGACCUGGGUCUGGAUCGGAGCUGGCACCCCCUAGAGGGGAAGGGCCCCAUAUCCCAUCCCCUGCGUGCUCUGCCAGUGGGGCAGUCGGGGCCUUGGGGCCAGGCUCUGGGCACCUUGUUUAGCAGCUCAGUUCCUGGCAUUCUGGGUUCCAAGGUUUGGGGAACUCUUCCCCCCACCCCCAGGCCCUCUUGUGCUGCUCU